AUCACACCCAGUAUCACAGAACCACAGUGUCACCAUGACGCCACCAUAUCGCCAUACUACAAAGAAAAGGUAUAUCACAUUGAGGCUCACAAAAUUUAUUUAACAGAAUCAAAGGAUAUUCGGUUUGACGAUAUACAAACUAGAUUUAAUGAGUUGACCAAGCAAACUGAAAAAUUACAUAGCGAUGCUAGAAAAUUUAGAGAUGGAAUUUCAAAUAUGUUGAAUCAUCAAGCAAAUUUUGCCGAUCUCCUUGUCGAAUUAUAUGAACCGAUUACUCCUGGAGGAGCAUCAGAAGGAGCAGUAACCCGUCGUGCGAAAACCCCGACCCAAACUAUGAAAGCUGCUGAAGAGUAUGCAAAAUUGAUGUCUAAA